AUGACCCAGGCUACAGGCGUCAGCGGCGAAAGCUCGUCGUGGCGGACGAUGCCCCACAAAGACCAGCUGCUGGUACUGUGUCUAUCCCGAUUAUGCGAGCCGAUUACGCGGACGAGUUUUAGCACCUAUAUAUACUUUCAGCUUCAGUCGUUAGAUCCCACUCUGUCGUCGGCGGACAUUGUGCGUCAGGCUGCCUGGAUGCAGACGGCCUUGACGGCCAUGGUGGCGAUUGUCAGCCUACCCGUAAGCCGGCUUGCCGAUUCUCCAAGGUUCGGGCGUAAGGGCGUUCUGCUGAUGAGUAUGGGCGUCCUUGGUGCGAGCACCAUCUGUUUCGGCUUCAUCCGCAGCUUCUCCCAAGCCAUAUUCCUUCGCCUUGUGGAAGGCACUUUCAGCGGUGGGACGGUUGUUGCUCGCACCAUGAUCUCCGAGAUUGUGACUAGCGAUAAGCACCGCGUCAAGGCGUUUUUGAUGCUCCCUCUAGCUUUCAACAUUGGCGUCUUGGUCGGGCCACCUGCUGCUGGUCUUCUGGUUGCUUAUGCACAGAAACACGCCGCUGGAAACGAUUUCCUGGCCCGCUGGACGUACGCGCCGCCCAUGUUGAUGGCAGGGGGCAUCAUCUAUGUGGCUUUUCUAGCUGUCUUUUUCCUCCUAGAAGAGACGUUACCCGCUCUGGCCGGGCAGCCCGACAUUGGGAUACGCAUCAAAAAAGGUGUUAUCCGCCUUUGGCGGGACCCCAAGACGAUUCUUGAGGGGAGCAAGCACUGUUAUGAACUCUUAAACAAGCGGGGUUCCGAUGAGUCCCAGCACCUGGAACCGCUUUUGACAGAGGACGACGAUGGGGGUUCCGAAAAUGGGGCGGAGCGGUCGGUCGCUCAUAGUGCCGCCGCGCCUCGACCCCUUCCCGGCAAGAUAUCUCUGCGGAAGGCCCUGACAGUUAACGUUCUACUCGCGACCAGCUGCCAGGCCAUGCUAGACGGCAUCACCGCUGGCUACAAUACCUUGUGGCCGUUGUUCCUUAGCGAUCCGCCCGUAACCGCCAAGACUGGUGAAUCGCCGCUUCGGCUCUCGGGAGGGGCAGGUCUCACGCCCUCCCAGAUUGCCUAUUCGCUGGUCAUUUUGGCCGUCGCCGCGCUUCCCAUUCAGAUAUUCAUAUAUCCCAAAGUCAGCUACAAGCUCAAGCCCAUCGGAACCAUGAGGUGUUUUCUGUGGUGUCCGGCUUUGGCUUUCGCCAUCGCCCCGCUAAUCGCCGUUACAGCCAAAACGCCGUUUCUCAUGUGGCUCGUCAUUCUGGUAACCCAGCUACUCAUGGUCCUCACCGCGGCCAUGGUGGUGCCCUCGGCGACCCUAAUGGUGAACAAUUCCGCGGCGAGCCCGGCUGCCCUGGCCGCGACGCAUGGCUUGGCCGUCACUCUAUCAUCUGUUUCACGAACAAUAGGCCCACUGGCUGCUGGCGGAGUCUACGCGGCUAGUAAGGCUAGCAAUAACGCGGGCCUGGCGUGGUGGCUGAUGGCCUGGACUGCCAGCUGCCUCGGCCUCCUGAGCUGGUUUGUAAGAGACGGAAAACCGCAGCAUACGGCCACUUCGCCUGCCCGAGGAGAGUCUGGCAGAUCAGACACAACUCAUAACUUGAAGUAA